AUGGAUUGUGAUGCAUCGGGUCACCAAACGGCUUUACACCAGGCAGCUGUUGUGGGAAAUCGUGACGCCAUCUUUGUCCUCAUUCGUGGAGGCUGUGCAUUAGAUCUACAAGACAAGGAAGGCAACACUGCUUUGCAUGAAGUAUCGUGGCAUGGGUUCAGUCAAUGUGUGAAACUGCUGGUCCAAGCUGGAGCAGAUGUCCAUGUGAAGAACAAUGCAGGAAACACAGCACUACAUCUGGCGUGUCAGAAUGAACAUUGUCAGACAGCCAGAAUGCUGCUGCUCGCUGGAGCUGUGCCCGACAGCAAAAACAAUACAGGUGACACAUGUUUACACAUUGCUGCUCGCUACGAUCAUUCAUCUGUGAUUAAGAUCCUCUUGGGUUCCUCAUGUCCCAUCACUGAGAAAAACCAGGCCGGGGAGACGGCGCUUCAUGUCGCUGCUGGUUUAAACCACAAGAAAACUGUAAGUUUUUUACUGGAAGCUGGAGCUGAUGCAUACAUCAAAAACGAUGCAGGACACACUGUACUUGAUAAAGCCCGGGACAAUAAUAAUCGAGAUCUGGCCAUUCUUCUAGCAAAGUCUAAUCAGGUCCAAAAGUUUGCACGUGGAAAGACAGUGAAGAAAAAAAAAGACGUAUUAUGGACUCCGAAGCUACAAAUUUCAGAUAAGAAAGACAGCAGCUUUUACGAGGAAGACGAACUUCCACAUGGAAAAGCCUUUCAGCUUUAUACUCUAUACCGAGACAAAGAUGGACAGAUAAAGCAGGCUCCUGCAAAGGACUGUUAUUGUAAGCCCCUCCUCAGAAAACUUGCGAAUGAACUGAAAGCCACAGAGAUGGAGAUGAGAUUACAAAUUCACACUGUUCAAGAGGAGAUGAACAGCAGACUGGGCAAAGUAGAGCUUAAAAACAAACAGCAGUUUAAAGUGCUUGAGAAACUCACACAGGAGCACGUGUCCGCCGAGAGGAUGGAGUGUCAUUAUCGGAUCAAUCAGAGAGCCACCCUGGAAUGCAUGGAGGGAGAGAAAAGACAGCAGGUGGCCACGACGAGUGAAGUGAAAAGCUGGUGCAUGUCUAAGAUUCAGGAUCUCGAGGUGCGAACACCUGAGACACGACACUAUAAGCUCCUGCGGUCUCCUUCGGUGGACGAUUCGCUGGUGGACGCAGAACCAGGUGGUCUGCCUCUGCUUUCACUCAUCUCGGAGGAGAGCUCCAGCUCACUGGCUACAUACGUCAAUGUGUUACCCAACCCAGGAGUGGGUGGGAAAAGCCUUGAGUUUGAGGACGCCCUAGGGAGGAAACACUAUAAUGCGAAGCCAAAUGGCUCUUCAGAUGAUUAUGUUAAUCUGAAACAUCUAUCCACAUUUACACACAAACCACUCUUGGGAAAGCUGGCCACCGCUGACCCCCAGUGGGAGCGAACAAAACUGCAGAGAAAACCUAUGGCAGACGUACCAACAUACAAGGAAAUUGACCGCUGUGACAGCAUUGCCAGUAACAGCUUGUCAACAUCCAGUAACUUGAGCAGGCAAUUUAAUAACAGUGAUACAGAUACACUGUCCGGCCCAGCCGGGAAACACAGCAAACAUCUGAAAAACAGAAUUAAAGCGCACCACACGCACACCCAGCAGGGCGGCGCCAUGUCCACUUUAGAGGUCUUUGCCCAGGGACCUGCAGACGCCACCUUCAUCCAGGAGCGGGCAAACUUGCAUGCUGUGGAAGUGACACAGCGUUUCUUUGAGACGGUCUCUACGCAGCUGGAACGCUGGUAUGAGAGGAAGAUUCAGGAUGCACAAAGGGUGGUGGAACAGAAAGCUCUGCAGGAUAGAGUCAGUCUGCUGCAGAAGAUCAAAACGCUGGAGGAAGAGCUGCAGAGGCUUCGCACUGACACAGAGACUAAGUGUUGA